UCCCUUAUUAUUUUAAUCGGGGGCUUCAGAUUUUCGAAAUCUGAUAUGUCAUCUCUGAUUAUCGAUCCCAUGGCGAAACUACUACAUUUACUGCUUCUCCCGCCACAGAAACAGACCUGCCUCGAUCUGUCUUUCCAUCACUUCCGAAGCUUCCAUCGAAAGGUUCCGUGAUUUCGGAUUUCCCUUGCAGUUUAAGCACUCGCAGAUCCCCUGUUAGUCACAAAGUGAAAGUGGAAAACUGAUUGGUUGUAGCGGAUGAUUGAUUGAUUAUUCAAUAAUGUCAAGGGUUCCUAAGUGGAAGGUUGAGAAGGUGAAAGUAAAAGUGGUUUUUCGGUUGCAGUUCCACGCAACACAUAUUCCACAAACUGGAUGGGAUAAAUUAUUUGUAUCUUUCAUUCCUGUUGAUUCUGGAAAGGCAACGGCAAAGACAGCCAAAGCUAAUGUCAGAAAUGGGAUGUGCAAAUGGGCAGAUCCUAUCUAUGAGACAACAAGACUUCUCCAAGAUCCAAGAGCCAAAGAAUAUGAUGAAAAGCUGUACAAACUUGUUGUGGCAAUGGGUUCUUCUCGGUCCAGCUUCCUUGGUGAGGCUAACAUCAACCUUGCUGAUUAUGUGGAUGCAUCAAAGCCUUGUGAUGUUGCUCUGCCUCUUCAUUGUUGUCACUCAGGAGCUGUUUUACAUGUCACAGUCCAGUUGCUCACUUCUAAAACAGGGUUCAGAGAAUUUAAGCAGCAACGGGAGCUUAAAGAGAAAGGGUUCCAGAUUUUGACCAAGCAGAAUAUUCAUGAUGAAACUGUUCAAAAGUUAUUAGCUCCCACUGAGAGGGCCAAUAAUCAGGUCAAUAUGAGAGAGAGAUUCAGUUCAGAAUCUAAGGAGCUUCCUUCACUUGAGGAGGAGGUGUUGAAUGAAGAGUAUGAAGUCUCAGCUGUGGGAAUUGAAGGCUUAUCUAACAGCUCGGAAAGCAUUUAUGCUGAGAAGCAUGAGACAUCUAGCAUGCAUGAAAUUGAUAGCCUCAAGAGCACGUUCUCUGGUGAGUUUGGUGGACUUCCUCUGAGUCAAACCAAUCGGCCUGAUAAAAGGGACCCCUCUGAUCAUCAAAUUUCACAACCGGGGAGCAGUGACUGGGGCCAGGGCUGGAGUUCAGAUAAUGACUUUACAACUGCUUAUGAAGAAAAUAAUCGACUUAGAGAAAGCUUGGAAUUGGCUGAGUCUUCUAUCUUAGAGCUUGAGCUUCUAGUAAGCAGUUUAAAAAGUCAUGCAGAUGAAUUAGGUUCUGAAACACAAAAGUUUUCUGAGCAGCUUGCUGCCGAAAUUGCUUCUGGAGAAAGUUUGGCAAAAGAAGUUUCGUCACUGAAAUCAGAGUGUUCGAAGUUCAAAUUUGAUUUUGAACAGCUUAAACAUUCUAGAUCAAGCCGUCAGAUAACCAAUAAGGAGAUAAUUGAGAAAGAGCACAAUCACUUAUUACUGGAUCUGCAGGUGAAAUGGAUGCAGGGUCAUUUGGUUAUGGAGGAUAAACUAAGGGAGGUUCAAAAUAAGGCAUGCCUCAGGUACAGUGAUUGUGGAUCCGGUUUCCUCUACCCAGACUUAGAGGCAUUGCAAUGCGUCCUGCAGGAUCUUAAACAAGGAGCCAGAGAAGUAGUUUCGGCGAUAAAUAUACUGCCAAUGGAAGUAGCAGAUAUAACGGGUAUUGCAGCAAUGACCGCACUGAGAACUGAACAUUUCAUCACUGUCGAUGUGGGAAAUGGUUUAGAGGGAUUUGGUACCAACCAUCCUCAAUCUGAAGGUAUGCUUCACCACUUAUGCAGACCUGGCCAAAUUUCUGGGGAAUCUGGACCUAUUGAUGUUACAUCUGCAACAAAAGUCAAAUUUUGUGAACUUCUAAGGGAGUUAAAAGAGUCAAAAGCUGAACGGGAAAGCCUUGCACGGAAAAUGGGUCAGAUGGAGUGCUACUAUGAAGCUCUUGUUCAGGGGCUCGAGGAAAGUCAGAAGCAAAUGCUGGGAGAGUUGCAGAGCCUCAGAAAUGAGCACUCUAGUUGCUUGCACACAAUUUCUUCCUGUAAAACUGAGAUGGAAACAAUGAUCCAAGAUAUGAACGAUCAGUUCUUAAGGUUUUCUGAGGAUCGGUGUAAUUUGGAGUCUCUUAAUAAGGAUCUUGAGAGAAGGACUAUCACCUCAGAAACAGCACUCAGAAGGGCCCGAUUAAAUUAUUCUGUUGCAGUAGACCAGUUGCAAAAGGGCCUUGAACUGCUUUCUUUCCAGGUAUUGUCUAUGUUUGAGAUAAAUGAAAACCUCAUUGGGCAAGCUUUUGCAGAAGGUUCCCAACUUUUUCAGGAGUACCUGGAAACAGUGGAUCAGGUCGAUGCACCUUUCCUAGAUCAGUAUAAAACACCUGCUCAAGGAAAUCAAGCUGUGGUCAAGGAAAGUGAGAGAACAGAGAAUGCAAUUCCUUCUGACCAGCUGAUUCAAUUUAGGAAAGAUAUUAUAGGAAAGAAGAGUUUGGCAACAUGCACUGAUUUAAUUGCUGAUCCAUGGAGAACUUCGGAUCAUCUGGACCCUGUGGGCUGCCCAAAGGAUGAGCUUCCUGGCAGGCAGACUACGCUUGAGCCCAGGCUGGAUUUCCUGGAAUCUGAUAAUGUUAAACUGCUACUAUUUCAGAACCUGAAUUUAAAUCCAAACAAACAGUUAUUUGGUGACGAGGUUCUUUUGGAGAACUUAAAGAAAUUGCUUCACUCCCAAGAAGAUCGUUAUCAGAUGGUUGAAGCUGAACUUAAUGAGAUGCAUGUGGUCAACAUGCAUUUGGAUGUGCUUUCAAAGGUUCUGCAAGAAAUAUUGCAUGAAUCAUGUGAUGGCAUCAGGCUUAGGCAAGAGAAGAUAGAUGAAUUGGCACAACAACUUGAGCAUUCAACUGAGUCUAAUGAGUUGUUGAUGCUUCAACUGGAAACUGCACAGGAUGAUGUAAACACACUCUGUUUGCCUCCAGUUUGCAGAAGUAGGAGGAGAAAGGCAGAAUCUCUUGAUGACACUCAAGAAUGUUAAAAGUAUCCAACAAGCCCGCUCACUUAAAUUUCUCCUCAUCAGCCAGUGUUGAAGACUGAUCAUGGCAACAGCACAGUAAUGAAUGGGCAUCCUCUUAAGCCCCAGGAAUCCCCAUUUUCAGACCAAAUAAUCCAUUUUUCGGCUGCUUUUCCAGGAGGGGAGCUUCUGAGCAUCUGUAAAUACAAAGUAUUAAUCCUUGUCCCUGAUGUCAAGGCUGAGAUGUUGUCUUGGUUUAUAUAUAUAAUAAAUGCUGUCUCUCAUUCUCAUGGUCAAUGUAGGAUCCCUCUGAUAUGUUUGCCUGUUCAUAACUGGGUAUAUAGUUCUAUGAUGCAGUAUAGAAAAUCAAGUUAUUUCAUUGAUCUCAGAGUAGUUGGAGACUUUACGUUUCACUUUUUAAUGGAUUCAUUUUCAUUCUUCUUC